AGUACAGCGCCUAAUACUUACAGUUCACGGGGACAUUAUUAGGUUACGGAGGGCGGCGGGGCUGAUACGGACACGAAAUGGGAAACUGUUUCAGGUGCUCGAAAAACACCAACAUCCGCUUAAAACUGCCGGCGGUGUGUUUCAUUUGGGAAAUAGCCAUGAUCAUCCUCUUCGGUUUUUUUAUACGGUACAAUAUGGAGGCCGACCCUCACUGGAAAAUGCACAAAAAAACGAAAAAUAUAUCCAGCGAUAUAGAGAAUGACUUCUACUUCAGAUACCCAAGUUUCCAAGAUGUCCAUGUCAUGAUAUUUGUGGGCUUUGGAUUCCUCAUGACAUUUCUGAAACGCUACAGCUUUGGAGCUGUCGGCUUGAACUUCCUCAUAGCAGCCUUUGGUAUCCAGUGGGCACUGCUGGUGCAGGGGUGGUUCAACUUCUUCGACUAUGCAGACUGGAAGAUCAAGAUCGGGGUGGAAAACCUCAUCAAUGCUGACUUCUGCGUAGCUGGCUGCCUCAUUGCUUAUGGGGCCGUGCUGGGCAAAGUCAGUCCUGUCCAGCUGCUGGUCAUGACGAUCUUUGGAGUUACCCUGUAUGCCGUGGAGGAAUUUAUCAUCCUCAAGGUCCUCCAUGCUAAGGAUGCUGGAGGCUCCAUGGUCAUCCACACAUUUGGUGCUUAUUAUGGUCUGUCUAUAUCAUGGGUUCUUUAUCGGCCUGAGCUCUACCAAAGCAAGCGCCUUCAGGGGUCAGUUUACCACUCGGACGUGUUUGCCAUGAUCGGUACGCUCUUCCUCUGGAUGUUCUGGCCCAGUUUCAACUCUGCCAUCAGCUAUCAUGGGGAUGGGCAGCACAGGGCAGCUAUCAACACCUACCUCUCUCUGGCUGCUACAGUCCUCACCACUGUUGCCAUAUCCAGCCUGACCAAGGAGAAGGGCAAGCUAGACAUGGUGCACAUCCAGAACUCCACAUUGGCUGGAGGCGUUGCCGUGGGGACGGCCGCUGAGUUUAUGCUGAUGCCCUAUGGAUCUUUGAUAGUGGGCUUCCUCUGUGGCAUCAUCUCCACCUUGGGAUACGUCUAUAUUUCACCUUUCCUGGAGAGCAAGCUGAAGAUUCAAGACACCUGUGGGAUUCACAACCUGCAUGCGAUGCCAGGGCUCAUUGGGGGAAUCGUUGGGGCCGUGACCGCCGCUACCGCCACGGAGGGGGUCUAUGGAAAAGAGGGGUUAAUACAGACCUUUGACUCUCCAGGUCGCCCUUCGAACAUGUCUGCCUCUUUGCAGGGCAGUUACCAGGCUGCUGGGCUCUGUGUAGCCCUCAUCUUUGGCAUUGGUGGAGGCAUAAUUGUCGGGUUAAUCCUGAAAUUACCCAUCUGGGGGGAUCCUACUGAUGAUAACUGCUUUGAUGAUGAGGUCUACUGGGAGAUACCGGAGGAGGAUGACAACCACCCCUCGGUCCUCGAAUUCAGCAGCCACAUGAGAAACAACCAUCAAGGAGUGUGAGUGGAAUUGUAUUUAACAAGCACACAGUGGGUUGCGUGAGUGUGAAUCCAGCUUCACUGUGACCCCAAGAUCCUGCUCAUAACCAGAAUGCUUCGUGAUAUUAACCCUGAUGAUUGUCAUGGACUUUUAUCUGCCUCGGGAGAAGGGUUGCACUCCCCUUUAACUUUUGACCUAAAUGGGAAGUGCCUUGGCCAACUUGGGUGUGAGUGUCACCGACUCAAUGCAUUGGAGGACAGUGCAUGGAAAUUCUACACCUUAAUUGAGGGGAGAGGGGAAUAUCUCACUUUUAUAUACUAACUUGCAUAGUCGAGAAUAUCACUCACGUCGUGUGGUGACCGACUUGUGAAGCUACAUAAAUGUCUUUUUUUUUUUUUUUUUAUGAAGUUGUGAUAAAAUCAAGUACAACCUGGUUCUUCUUCUGAUCAUUUGACGGUAAUUAUUCCACAAUUAGAAGGUUAGAUGACACACCUCUAUUCACUUGUGUCGUUUUAUUAUUCAAUAUUUUAAAGUGAAGUUGCACGUUGGGUGAGGAGGUCAUGACUUCAUUCAGUCAAGCUUCAGAGUAAAGGGAAACUACUGUGUAUGAUUGUACACUUAAAUAUCAAAUGUACAUUAUUUGAAUGGAGAAUUAUUUUCUGUGAAAUAAUCUUAAAAUAAAGUUGGUUGAAAUUUC